AUAGAUAGAUAUUCGUGUUCCAUGCAUCACACAGAGACACGUACGUAGGAUAUAUAUUCGGAUUCCAUUUGAUGUGUUCGAUGAGCUGCUUCUCUUCUGCAUCCAUCCUUUUCCUCCUCCUCCACUCACCUACUCUUCUUCUUCUUCGAUCCUCUUCUUGCCUAACUUUACUCUCCACUCCAUUGCUCCACACAUUCAGCUCGAUCGAUCUUCAACUGCGAUCCUAAUUAGGAUGCAUCCUCGACGACGACGAUCGAUGGCGGCAGCGGCGGCGGUGUGGGUGUGGGUGUGCAUGAGCAUGGUGGCGGUGAGGAGCGCGGCGGAUGGGCUGGAGGACGUGCCGACGAUCGCCUUCGAGGAGGGGUUCUCGCCGCUUUUCGGGGAGGACAACAUGGAGAAGUCGGCGGACGGGCGCACCGUCAGCAUCACCCUCAACCGCUACACCGGCUCCGGCUUCAUCUCCUCCGACUACUACCACCAUGGCUUCUUCAGCGCCUCCAUCAAGCUCCCCAAGGACCACACCGCCGGCGUCGUCGUCGCCUUCUACCUCUCCAAUGGCGACGUGUUCGAGAAGACGCACGACGAGCUGGACUUCGAGUUCUUGGGGAACCGGUACAGGCACGAGUGGAAGAUGCAGACGAACGUGUACGGCAACGGCAGCACGGACCGCGGCCGGGAGGAGAGGUACCUGAUGCCGUUCGACCCCACCGCCGACGCCCACCGCUUCUCCAUCCUCUGGUCCUCCCGCCUCAUCGUCUUCUACGUCGACGGCGUCCCCAUCCGCGAGGUGCCGCGCUCCCCGGCCAUGGGCGCCGACUACCCCUCCAAGCCCAUGGCGCUCUACGUCACCAUCUGGGACGGCUCCACCUGGGCCACCGACAACGGCAAGUACAAGGUCAACUACAAGCGCGGGCCCUUCACCGCCGUCUUCUCCGACCUCGUCCUCCGCGGCUGCAGGGCCCGCUCCGACAUCCGCCUCGCCAGCGUGAGCGCGGACGAGCAGGACAGGUGCGCCGCCGAGGAGGAGGAGGAGCUGAUGAGCGCCUCCUACGCCACCAUGACGGCGCGGAAGCGACUGGCGAUGCGGCGGUUCCGGCAGCGGCAGAUGCUGUACACGGUGUGCUACGACACCAACCGGUACCCGGAGCCGUUCCCGGAGUGCGACGUGAACAUGGCGGAGCGGCAGAUGUACUGGCAGUGGGGCGAGUCCAAGGUUGUCAGGCCGCGCGUCCGCCCCCGCCCCGGCCGCCGCUCCAAGCGCCGCCCUUCCCCAUUCCCGCCGCCGCCCGUGCUCGUCUCCUUGCAGCAAGCCGACUAG